UAACUUUACUUAAGUUUAAUAUUGUACCUGGACUUACUGAAACACACUUUAAGGAGGAAGCAUUUAUUUUGAAGAUAUUGUUGUUUAUUGUUCUGCUUUUACAUUGAACGUUGCGUGUUUUACAUAACCAUUUAACUGUCAGUUAUAACUUAACUUUACUUAAGUUUAAUAUUGUACUUAGACUUACUGAAACACACUUUAAUGGGAAAGCAUUUAUUUUUAUAUUGGUGUUUAUUGUUCGACCUUCACAUUGAACGUUGAUACAGCCUGGGGUCACAAAUUGAUUUGAACGUGUGCUACCUUAGGGAUUAGAUCCAUAUUGUUGUAACAUCAUGGGGGAACGUCCGAUAUGUUUCAACCUUUUAUUAAAAGACGAAUUGACAUACGAGGCCACAGUCCGAGGUGUCAAACCUGAGGCCACUGCGGACCAAUUAAGAUUACAAUUAACAGAAUUAGCUACGCGGAUGCCUUCGGACGAGGUUAUUUACUUUGAGGGAGAUGUUACCUCAGAGUUAGAAAAAGUUAAAAACAAAAUUAAAGACUUGCAGAGCUCACUCUCAAAACCAAAUUUGCAGUUAAAACACAUCAAGCGUUGCGAAUCAUUGGCUAACCAUUUAUAUCACCGCUUAGGUCGUAUAAAUGCCGUCAGUAAGGAGGAGACUUGUAUGCUCGGGGACUUGCUCUUACAACUCGAAUCUAGGGACAGCGAACUGAGGUACAUUUCUAAAGCUUAUCAGGAGCAGGAAAAGAAACAGGAUAUCCCUGUCGUAGGGUGUAUAGAGCCAUGUCCUAAGGUGGACCACACACAGAUCCAAAAACUGAACCUUGUCUUUAACGGCAGUGAUAGUGUGCAAGCAUUCGUGCAGCGACUGGAGGAGCUUUGCAAUUCUCGAGGUAUCUGUGAGGAGACGUUAUUUAAUUCCGUCGCAGAAAUAUUUAGCGGUGACGCCUUGUUUUGGUUUCGGGGUGUCAAGGAGGAGGUCUCGAGUUGGAAAGAGGUUAAGGCUCGUUUGUAUGAGGAGUUCCUGCCAUUCGAUUAUAAUCGGCGUUUAUUACAGGAGGUGCGGUCGCGGACACAAGGUGCUGAUGAAUCCAUCAUAAAGUACUUAAGCACAAUGCGGAAUUAUUUUUCUAGGCUCAGCGUGCCGUUACCGGAGUCAGAGCAGCUGGAGAUAGUACAAGGUAACCUUAGACCGUUUUACACGAGUCAGCUUGCUCUUACAAACGUCGGGAACUGGAACGAGCUGAAGGAACGCUGUAGGCAGCUGGAGUACGCCAAAUACCGAGCAGACUCUUUUGCGGAGCCGCCCCGAGUUUCUGCGAAUUCGGUAGCGCCGGACUUAGCCUAUCAGGCUAGGAACCGACUUUCGGUUAACGCCGUGGACACCGAGGUGGACUUAUUUUGCGUUCGUUGCAGGGUUCUUGGACAUGGCCUUUGGCAAUGUAGUGCACCACCCACCCAAUUGUGUUACUCUUGUGGUUUAAAGGGUGCCACCUUGCACACGUGCCCACGGUGUGGUCCGUCAGUCGCUGAGCCACCGAAACUACAACAAAAGCCAGAUCCUGCUGGACCAACCGUUGCUGGGGUAAGCGUGAACAACGAGCAGCCUGGAACCAAAUCCUCCGGCAGUGGUAGUCGUCGUCGUCGCCGUCGCCGCCGCUGUGAAGAGGCAGGUGAUGGAGACGCGGACAGUGGCUUGCGACCUUAUUUAGAUGUCGCGAUUUACCACCAUCGUUGCAGAGGGUUGUUGGAUUCGGGUUCUACAGUUUCGGUCAUUGGCGGAAAGGCGGCCCAAUCCCUCUCCAGUUGUGGUACGUUGUAUCCAGCUGAGGAGAAAUCCAUUAUCACGGCUAAUGGAUCACAUUCUCCGGUUUCUGGUUUUAAGAUUUUACCGGUGACUGUAGAGGAUGUUACGGCUUUCGUGAAAUUUUAUGUCGUUCCUGAUAUUUCUUCAGAAUUGCUGUUAGGUAUAGAUUUCUGGCGUGCUUUUAAUAUCGCACCUGAUGUUCUGAACCUACUCAAUAAAAGAGGAGUCUCUAAAAGCAGGGAACCGUAUGCAAGUGAGGUUAGACAUUUGAACUCAUGCAACGAGUUGAGUGUUUCGAAGUGUGUACCGGCUGAUAACGCUACUGCCAGUUUGGUAGUUCGUGGUCGUCGCUCACAGGAUUGCCAACUCAGUAGGGUUCGUCGAAGCAUGGAUUCAAAGUCGUACUUGACUGCUAGUUUGACUCCGAAUUACGAGAGGUAUACAGUAGUUCAACAAGUGUCUGGAUUUGUCUACAUUCUUGAAGAUAGCAAUGGGAACCAGACAGAGUGUCACGCCAGGGAUAUUCUCUGUAGAAUUGAUGUUCCGUAGGCCACCUUUGUGUGUGUUGACUUACUCUAUUGAGUAAGCCAGCAAUGCCAAGGGCUCAUUUACUAUGCGUCGUUGUGUUGCAAAGUCAGUGAAUAGUUUCGUAGGCCACCUUUGUGUGUGUUGACUUACUCUAUUGAGUAGGCCAACAAUGCCAAGGACCCAUUCACUUUGCGUCGUGGAGUUUUUUUUGUGGGAUUUUCCAUAUAAUUUAUUUCAGGGUUUAUCUCAUUGCUUAGGGACUCUACUGAGUCGGUGAGUGAUCUUAACCUUAUUGAUAUUCACUGGGUUUUCCAGCUAUUAUCUUUGAUUUAGGUUUCUCUUAAAUGAGCGACCCACAUAUUCCGAUUGUUUUAGGUGUUUAGGAUUUAAAGAUGGAGGGCCAUCUUUGAAUUUUUCUCGUACCCUCGAAAAAUUCUGGUGGGGACGGGGGUACUGUAACACCAUUAUUUUUGUAACUUAACAUUUCGUUUAUUGUUUACAUUCUGUUUGUUUACUUUGUUAGUCUUGUCAAGUAUCAGCUGUCAAAUUCGACACACAGGAUAGAUUUUCAGUUGUUGUCUGUGGUCCUUUGAGAAAACUCGUGCUAGAUCGUCAUCGGACAGUGGUCAGUGGCGACAUGACGCUCAGAACAAUGAUCGUGCUGACUGGCCACAGAGUAGUUUUGUGACGAUGAGCUGACAUCCCCGGUGACGGCUUUUUCGGAACUGGCAAGGAGGCAAACCAUUCUCUGUCAGAACGUCCCGAGUAAAUGUGUGGUUUUUUUUUUCUUCCCGCCCGCGUGGCGCAGGCCGUAUUGGUACCAAGUUCCUUGCUUCAUAUUUCCUGUUACCAGAUACGUGCCACAGACACCCACGCAGCAUCACACCAUGUGUACCUAACCUGAAUUGCCGACAAUUUCAAUCCUGCCCGGUGAAGCGUGCGAUUGCCAGACGCGUGUCACCUGACCCAACCCCAAGAAGGUGUCGUUGGUGACCAGAGCCGUCAGCGAGCCACGAGCCGUCCGGAGCUCCUGUCCUGGCCCCGUCCGACAGUCCAGGUUGGCCGUUGUAUGUUCGUUGAGCGGAUACUGAGGAAUUUCCUUAGGAUUUCUAUUAAUCUUCAGCGGCAUCAGCCUUCUAACGCCGCUGCUGAAUGUAGGAUUGCAAAGGCAGAACCCGGGUGGACUCUAGCGGGUUAAAACCUUUAUUUUAUUUUUUUUACUUCGUAGGGAGCCCCGUUAGAACGGGCAGUAGUAUCUAAAUUGCACUUUGAACCUUUUGUAGGCGCUAGGCUAUCAACGUCCUUCGGUUACGGGGCCUUAACGAUAAACUGCUAUCCCAUUGAAGUAAUAUAGAAGUUUCUCUGGGGUUAAUACCAUCUUUCUAUCCCUGUGGCGUGAAACACAGGGGUAGAACCUUUGGUUUCCCCACUUUAAUGUAA